UUCGAUACUCGAGCAGUGCAGUGAUCGUUCUUUUAUUAUAACCGCAAGGUCCCAUUCAGAAUUUUAGCGAUUAUAAUUCCCUACGCACUUGUGCUCUAUAGUCCUUAAAAUAAAACUGCUAACGCGAUUCUUGGCGUAAUUGCCAUAGGAGACUACGUCCAAAGAAGCUGCUUUUCAUAACACGGGCUCAAAUUCUAAAUCGGGUUAAACGUGUUGGCUCCGCCUUGGGGAUCGUCAUUAAUCGCACUGAUUUUUUGCACCAAUCAGCGGCCUUGUAUAGAAUGGCACAGUAAGGGUGUCUGACUGUAGCGGGGGGUUUCGCUGCUGGGGACGGGAGAAUUCAGUGGGUAAGCUUUUCCAGAUACUUUUGGAACUCGAUGUAGAUUUUGGUCAGCUCUGCCUUUCGAUAUCAAUUGCCAUGGCUACUGAUGGAGAGGUUACAACACUUGCAAAACUUCUGCACCUGAUUUUCCUGUCCACGUUCUGGGGGAUGCAGAUUUGGGUGACAUUUAUAUCUGGUUUUGUCAUGGGCAGCAAUCUCACCAGGCACACAUUUGGCUUCAUCCAGAGCAAACUCUUUCCAUCCUACUUUCACCUUGGAUCUGCCUGUGCUUUCUUUAACUUAAUGAUCUUUGCAAUCCAUCAUCCCAGUGAGCAGUUAAAUGAAGAGGAGACAUUUCAGAUUAUAAUUUUGUUCAUUUGUGUUACUUUUGCUGCACUCAAUGCUCAAUGGUUUGGGCAGAUAACUUCUGAAAUCAUGGCUGACAUGCAUCUGAUUGAAAGGAGCUGUGGGCUUGGACAGGAUAUUGGAUUGUCUACCAACAGAGAGGCCUAUAACCAGUUGAAAGAGAGUAACCCCAAAUACAAGGCACUUUCAAAGCAACUUGCACUGUAUCACAAUGCCUCCUCUUUAUGUAACCUGUGUUGUAUCAUUUGUAAUGGGAUAAGUUUGUACUAUAUAGCAGCCAAUUUAUCCACAUUAUAAAGAUGGUAAGAAUAAAAUAACUGAAAGACAGGUGUCAUAUAAAGGUUAUUUUUGAACCAGAAUGUGAAAUGUAAGACACUUUGUGUUAUUGCUUGGUGAGCAUUAAACCAAAUGCACUUUUUGUACACUUAUGGAGUAAGUGUCAACAGCACCACCUAGGGUAUGUAAUCACACAAAUUAAAUAAAUCGACAUUUUUUUUAUCUCUAUAUAUCUUACUGGUUAUAGGAGAGUUAGGAUUAUUUGAGGAGGUGGUCCUUCUGUCCAUUUUUAUCCUUGCUUGGCUAAAAUAAAUUGACUUUCAUUCUUCCUUCUUGCAAUUUAACGGGACUAGAUAAGCAGUGAUCAUUUAAAAUUAUGUAUAAUGAAUACAAUUUACCUAUUGUUCUGUUUAUUUGAAUAAAAAUUAUCACUUGUAAGGUGUGGUGAAUGGAAAGA